CAUCCCCAGCCGCCAUCCAUCCAUCCAUCCAUCCGUCCGUCCAUCCAUCCGUCCACCCGCCCGUGUCCCCCCGACCCUGGGUGGACACCGUGCCCCUCUCCCCUUCCCCAGGACCGGUGGCGGCGGCGGCGGCUGCGAGGGUCCGAAGAUGAAUCCGCAGCAGCAGCAGCAGCAGCAGCAGCAGCAGCAGCAGCGGAUGGCCGCCAUCGGCACGGACAAGGAGCUCAGCGACCUGCUGGACUUCAGCGCGAUGUUUUCCCCACCUGUUAAUAGUGGAAAAACCAGACCGACAACAUUAGGAAGCAGCCAGUUCAGUGGAUCGGGUAUGGAUGACCGAGGAGGUCCAGCAUCUUGGGGAACGAGCGGUCAGCUGAGUCCCUCCUACGACUCCUCUAGGGGUUUUGUAGACAGCCCUCAUUACGGUGAUCACUUGAAUGACAGUCGAUUAGGGGCGCACGAAGGAUUGUCUCCGACACCUUUCAUGAACUCGAAUCUGAUGGGGAAAACGUCCGAGCGGGGUUCCUUUCCGCUGUACAGCCGAGAUGCGGGACUACCCAGCUGCCAAACCAGCCUCCUGCGCCAAGAUAUCGGGCUGGGGAGUCCGGCCCCCUUAUCUUCUUCAGGAAAGCCAGGCACAACGUACUACCCGUUCUCUGCCACCAGUUCUCGGAGGAGACCGCUCCACGACACGCCAGUCCUCGAUCCUUUGCAGGCAAAGAAGGUGAGGAAAGUGCCCCCCGGGUUGCCUUCUUCCGUGUAUGCACCAUCCCCAAAUUCAGAUGAUUUCAACAGAGAAUCUCCUAGUUAUCCAUCUCCCAAACCACCAAGCAGUAUGUUUGCUAGCACUUUCUUUAUGCAAGACGGAACCCACAAUUCUUCUGACCUGUGGAGCUCGUCCAAUGGGAUGAGCCAGCCCGGGUACAGCGGGAUGUUGGGCAACUCGACUUCUCACAUGCCCCAGUCCGGUAGUUACGGCAGCCUGCACACACACGACCGCUUGAGUUAUCCUCCACAUUCAGUCUCACCAACAGAUAUCAAUGCAAGUCUUCCUCCAAUGUCUACCUUCCACCGGGGCAGUUCCAGCAGUUCUCCUUACGUCGCCGUCUCUCACACUCCUCCCAUCAAUGGAUCAGAUACUAUAUUAGGAACCAGGGGGAACACUGCUGGAAGCUCGCAGACGGGGGAUGCCCUUGGAAAAGCCUUGGCAUCUAUUUAUUCUCCUGACCACACCAGCAGUAGUUUCCCAUCCAAUCCGUCGACCCCCGUGGGAUCUCCAUCGCCUCUCACAGGUGCCAGCCAGUGGCCGAGGCCAGGAGGACAGGCCCCCUCAUCGCCAAACUACGAAAACUCUCUUCACUCCCUGAAAAAUCGAGUUGAGCAGCAGCUUCACGAGCAUUUGCAAGAUGCAAUGUCCUUCUUAAAGGAUGUCUGUGAGCAGUCUCGGAUGGAGGAUCGCCUGGACAGGCUGGACGAUGCCAUCCACGUGCUCCGGAACCACGCCGUGGGCCCGUCCACCAGCCUGGCUGCGGCCCACGGAGAUAUCCAGAGUCUACUGGGACCAUCCCACAACGGGCCGAUCGGGAGCCUAAAUUCCAACUACGGAGCGUCCGGCCUGGUCACGAGCAGUCGAUCUGCGUCAAUGGUGGGAACUCACCGAGAAGAAUCGGUCAGCCUCAACAGCAAUCAUUCGGUCCUGACCAGCUCCGUCCCUGCUGCCAGUACAGACCUGAACCACAAAACACAAGAAAAUUACCGGGCCUUGCCUGGGGGCCUGCAGGGCCAGGCGGGGGCCGCGGGCCCGGCCGAAAUCAAGUCGGAAAACAAGGAGAAGGAUGAGAACCUCCACGAACCCCCCUCGUCUGACGACAUGAAGUCGGACGACGAGACGUCCCAGAAGGACAUCAAGGUUUCAUCUCGGGGCAGAACGAGCAGCACCAACGAGGACGAGGACUUGAAUCCGGAGCAGAAGGUGGAGAGGGAGAAGGAGCGGAGGAUGGCCAACAACGCCCGGGAGCGCCUGCGGGUGCGGGACAUCAACGAGGCCUUCAAGGAGCUGGGCCGCAUGUGUCAGCUCCACCUGAAGAGCGAAAAGCCCCAAACCAAACUCCUCAUCCUCCACCAGGCCGUGGCAGUCAUCCUCAGUCUAGAGCAGCAAGUCCGCGAGAGGAACUUGAACCCCAAAGCCGCCUGCCUUAAGAGGAGAGAAGAGGAAAAAGUUUCUGCCGUAUCGGCAGAGCCACCAUCCACACAUCCGGGUGCCCACCCUGGGCUCAGUGAAACUACCAACCCUAUGGGUCAUAUGUGAACACGGCCAGGAUCCCAGAGCUAUCGGUAGGCUAGACAUAGAAGGUGACCUCUCCUCUCAAGGACACAGACAACUCACUGCAUCCGAAGACACAAAUCUGACAGGAGGAAAAAGCCCAGAAAACACUCGAAGCUCAAGAAACCCAAAUGCAAUCUCAACGAUCACAGGAACCGGUCGACCACCUGCAUCCGAAGC